CUUUAAAAUUUCCUUACUGGACAAGAAUACCAAAAAAAAGGCUCUGCACUGUUAUAUAUCAAGCCCGUACAUGUACAUCAUAUUCAAUUACACGGACGAAUCCCCUGCUGUGAAAGCUUUUACGAAGAAAGAAGCGAACUCCUUUAAUGAAGCAGAUUAAAUUGAAGAUGAUUUGAUUGUCAUUUAUUUGUUGAUGAGAUAUAAAUCGCCGAAGUUUUUGGUUAUCUACGAAAAGAUGUAAUCUAACUACGCUUUUUGCAUGGAAUUUACGAAUGCUUUGUUACGAGGGGGCUCUUUUUGAUGUUCACUGUAAGAUAUAUAUGGUUGGGAAAAGAUGGCCUUGUUAUCUCCUAUUUUCUCGUAAGAGAGAUUAAGUUAGGAUUAUUACUUGUAAUAAAAUGAAGGAGGAUUUGCGACAGAAAGAAGAAACUGAUAACGUGGGGGGAGAGCGGUGGGGGUACGUGGCAGGGAUGUAACAACUAAUGCGAGACAGUGACAUACGAAAUCUUAGCCGAGAUCCGCUUAUCUACAAAACUGCAACGUGUCUCAUAUGGUACAUCCAUUAAUUUUGGGUGUAAAUAUCUCUAAACAUUCUUAUUCUUUGGCCUUCACGCGCGUGGUGUCCACGCCUGACGAUUCUCAUAAAACAUAGCCCUCUGAGUGGGCCGUGAAGUCCACGACCCUGCUCUCGAGUGGAGAAAGACGCGGCAUCACCGAUUCCAGGAGGAGGGCCGCGAAUAGAGCCCAACUACGUGUGGUUAUUCUGGAAGCUCCCCAAGGCCCUCUUCCCCACCUCAUUCCACAGUACGGCUUUCAUGCUGGAAACAGCCCACGUGUACCAUGCUUUCGGCAGUGCCGGACACCUUCUCGUUUCUGAUUGGUCCUUAUGUGGGACCGGCUCUGCGUACUCCAUUGUGCCGGGCCCAUCUCUUUUGUCGGUCUCAACCCAAUCCACCCAAUGGUAUUGGACUUUUUCGCUGGACACGUGUCCUUUCGCCUUCGCCUUUUUGCUCCCCCUAUCAUCGCUCCCUUCUGUCUAGUUUGGUAGCGACCUGGCCCCAACUGUUUCUCUCUCUCAGCCCUCAGCGAAGAGAAUAAUUGCCUCAGAACCUGCACACGCGCCCGCAGAUCGAGAAGAGAGAGAGAGACAUAAAUCUGGAUCCAACCAUGAGCUGGUCUUAAUAGUGCUGGGUGGGUAGGAUAAAUAUGGAUGGUGGGGAGGCAUGGCGUUCCACGAGAUGCGCCGGUGGCUUGCAGGAUAAGGCGAUGAUCAACAGCCUGAUGCUAAGAUUCCGACCCAUCGCUCCAAAGCCGGCUGUGGGAGCGCCUCUACUUGGUCGAUCGCCGGCGUUCAAUGAUAACACCAUCGUUUCUGCACGGAGAACGAAGAGAAAGUACGUUAGGGUUCGGAGGAGUUGUAAAGAGGCUAAUAAAGGCAGGGAGCGUACUGUGGCAAAAGAAGAACUAAAAAGCAAGUCGGCCACCACGCUGCAGCUGUUAGAAGAGAAUCGUGCGGACCAACGGGUCCCAUCGAAAGGUGGAGCUUGGUGUAGCGCUAGUACUAGUGUGUAUAGUCAUACGGUCACUGUGACAGAUAAGGAAGAUCGGGAAGCUAUUAACCCUUUUAUUCGGCUGAACUUGAACUUGAACUUGAUGAAUGAUCGUAAUCAAGCGUUAGGUCAGAUGGCAGUGAUGCCACCGGUGAGGAAAUCGGUGGAAACGUUGGUGACGGUGGAGUGCGUGAGUGAGACGUGCAUGGAUGCGCUAGGGUUAGGGUAUACAGACAUGGAGAAGUUAACCAAUCUGGGUGGGGAUUCGUGUCCAGGGUUCGUAUCAGACGGCUUAAAUAGGGUUGUGUGGGUGAAUAGGGCGUUUAGGAAGAUGUUCAUGAGCCUGGAUCAUCAGGACAAGGAAGAGCCGCCGGAGAUGGAGGUGAGGUUAGUGAUGAGAGAACGACUGGCGUACAGUGCUUUCACAUGCCAGUUGAAAGUGCAGUACACGUGGUGGAAGGAGAAAUUCUCGCAGAUGGUUCCUUGUGAUGCUUGGAGAAUGGACGGUGGAGGAUUUGCAUGGAGGCUGGACGUAAAAGCUGCCCUCAGUUUGGGUCGCUAAAUAUAUUAAACCAGAUCAUUGUUGCUUUCGAAGAUGAAUCAUACAGCUUCUAAAAUUUUGGCUGAAGGGACCCAGACUUGCGUGUUAAGCAACUCGACAAGUUAAGUGUACAUAUUUAUACCUAAUUUUCAGUAUCUUCAUCGAUGCCUGCCACUUGGAAUAAGCCCAAAGGUACAGGUGGUUAACUACUGAAGCAGCGUAUUCCAAGGAAGAGACAAGCCUCAAUAAAUAUCUCUCAGAAAGUUUGCUGAGAAUCUGCACAUAUCAGUUUGCGGCAAAUACUCAAUACCUCUGAAAUGGAGUUGAGGAGGAGAUCCUUAUUCCAGGUUAAGUGUAUCCGAAGGCGCUCCUUUUUUUCGUGUCAAAGAAACUCGAAGAAGACGCUCUAAAUGUAUUGUAUUGUAUCGUAUUGUACUGUGUUCUGCCUCUUUCUGGUUCUGCCAUAUCAAUCAAUGUUUGCUGUUAAACCA